GGCUGCUGCAGUGUUGGUUUCUAUUGGAGGUUUGAGCUGGGGAGCCCCGCCCUCCUGGGGAGCCCCGCCCUCCCGGGACGACAGAGACGGAGCGAGCGUGUGAUGGACAGAUGACUGGCGGAGCAGCGCCGGCUCGGCUCGGCUCGGCUCGGCUCGGCUCUGUACUGCUGCUCCUCAACGUGCCUUCCACGACUUGCCUCCUCCACCCGGACAGCUGGACAGACUGCUGUGGUUUCCCCUCGUCCCCACCAGAGCGGCAUGGCGGCGGUGUGAUACCGGCUGGCAGAGAGACGGGAGGCGAACAGGAGCCUCAGAAAGCCAGAGCUGUCUCUUCUAUCAACCGGGGCUUCACAAGAUGGGACAGACGGAGGAGGAGAGGGACGAUGUGGGCAAACUGUUCGAGAACUUUGUCCAGGCAUCCAGCUGUAAAGGCUCGCUGCAGGCCUUCAACCUGCUGUGCAGAAAGCUGCAGCUGGAUCCACUGGACCACCAAACCUUCUACAGCCAUCUGAAGACCAAAGUCACCACAUGGAAGGCCAAAGCUCUGUGGAGUAAACUGGACACGAGGAUCGCCCAUAAAGAGUACAGGAAAGGACAAGCCUGUCCGGGGACCAAGUGUCUGGUCAUCGGAGGUGGCCCCUGCGGACUGCGGACGGCCAUUGAACUGGCUCUGUUGGGGGCCAAAGUGGUGGUGAUAGAAAAGAGAGACUCUUUCUCCAGGAACAAUGUACUGCACCUGUGGCCCUAUACCAUCCAUGACCUGCGGGGCCUCGGGGCCAAAAAGUUCUAUGGCAAGUUCUGUGCCGGUGCCAUAGACCACAUCAGUAUCCAGCAGCUGCAGCUGAUUCUGCUGAAAGUCGCCCUGGUACUUGCGGUGGAAUUUCACAUCAGUGUGGAGUUUGUCAAGCUGCUGGAACCACCGGAGGACCAGCAGUGUACAGCGGUGGGUUGGCGGGCUGAGAUCCGGCCAGCCGACCACCCCGUGGCCAGCUUCGACUUCGAUGUGGUCGUGGGGGCAGAUGGACGCAGAAAUACUCUGGAAGGUUUUAAGAGAAAGGAGUUUCGUGGUAAGCUAGCCAUUGCCAUCACAGCCAAUUUCAUCAACAGGAACACCACCGCAGAGGCCAAGGUGGAGGAGAUCAGCGGGGUGGCCUUCAUAUUUAACCAGAAAUUUUUCCUCGACAUGAAAGAGGAAACAGGUGUUGAUCUGGAAAACAUUGUGUACUACAAAGACAAUACUCAUUAUUUUGUGAUGACGGCCAAGAAACAGAGCCUGCUUGAUAAAGAAGUCGUCAUCCAUGACUACAUAGACACCCAGAUGUUGCUGAGCAGUGAGAAUGUCAACCAGGAAGCACUCCUGUGUUAUGCCCGGGAGGCCGCGGACUUCGGUACCAACUAUCAACUUCCCACAAUGGACUUUGCUAUGAACCACUGCGGGCAGCCGGAUGUGGCCAUGUUUGACUUCACCAGCAUGCAUGCCUCCGAGAACGCUGCUCUGGUCCGGGAUCGCUUCGGAUACCGGCUACUAGUAGCGCUGGUUGGGGACAGUCUGCUAGAGCCUUUCUGGCCGAUGGGGACAGGAUGUGCCAGAGGGUUCCUGGCUGCCUUCGAUACAGCCUGGAUGGUGAAGAGCUGGGCUCAGGGCACGCCGGUCCUAGAGGUUCUGGCAGAGAGGGAGAGUAUUUACAGACUACUUCCACAGACUACACCUGAAAACAUUGCUAAAAACUUUGAGCAGUACACCGUCGACCCUGCAACGCGAUACCCAAACCUGAACUCGUCCUGCAUCAGACCGCAUCAGGUGCGUCACCUGUACAUCAGUGGGGAGCUGAAGUCUUGUUCUCUGGCUCGGGCUUCGACCAUACGCCGGCCAGUCAACCUGGCCAGACGAGAGUCGGAGAUCAGACCAGGAAGACUGCUGACGUGGUGUUCGAAGCAGACCGAGGGCUACAGGAAUGUCAUCGUGACCGACCUGACGACCUCUUGGCAAAGUGGCACUGCCCUGUGUGCCCUCAUCCACAGGUUCAAACCUGACCUCAUAGAUUUUGAUUCUUUAAGUGAGGAGGACUCUGCUGCAAACCUCCAGCUGGCAUUUGACAUCGCUGAACGGGAGUUUGGCAUCCAGCCAUUCAUAUCCGGGAUGGAGCUGGCCAGCUGCCAGGACCUGGACAAGACCCGAAUGAUCUCCUACCUGUCUAAGUUUUAUGAACUCUUCCGUGGCUCUCCUCUACCUGCUCCAGGUUCCAGAGGGGCGAAUGAAAACGAUGAAGAAUGUCCAUCAAAAGAAGUCAGAAGUAUGAAAAAUACCCUAAGUCUUACCCUGCCAAGAAAACGGGUUCCAAAGGAUGAGAAGAAGUUGGAGGGAACAGACUCCACUUACAAAAGGAGAAGAAAAGUUUGCAGUUAUUUGGAAGAGAACACCAACAUCCAGACUGACAGCAGCUCGUCAGUUGAUGGAGGGAGGGCGUCUGCAGAGAACAAAGUUCGCUCCAUGGCCUCUCAGCUGCUGGCCAAGUUUGACAGCAACCCAAACUACAACUCCCAGGGACAGAGGAAAGCUCAGACUCAGCACGCUAGAGACUUUCACAAAAAGAGCGUGAAGGAGAAGGCCGUUCAUCUGAGCGGCUUGUUCUCAGGAGACGUCGGUGUUCCCGAGGGUUGUGUCGGCAGGGAGUUUCUCCGUUCCGGCGACAAGUGUCAUGUCUGUGAGAGACGCGUGUACGUGGUGGAGCGGAUCUGUGCUGAGGGCUUGUAUUUCCACAGGGAAUGUUUUCGCUGCGACACCUGUGGCUCGGCGCUGCGUCAGGGAGCACAGGCCUUCGACUCUGAGCAGGGUAAACUGUACUGCAAACUUCAUUUUGCUCAACGUAGAAAUGGAAGGAAUCCACGGAGGGAUCAUAACUUACACUCGAAUCAUGGACUACGAGAGAGAUCUGCCAGCCAAGCUCCAAAUGGAGAAGUUCCCGACCGCCGUCCUGCAGGUGAGCCGCCGGGCCGAGGAGCGACAGGUACCCUGACUUCCUUCCUACAGAACGGCGUGCGUCUGUCACGGAGCGUGAGCCGCACGGUGUGCGAUGCCCCUCGGCUGUUGUCCCUUUGGGUGCAAAGUAAAGCGCGGGCCAUAAGGGUCCAUGUGAGGGACAACACCCACGACUACGCGUUCCUGUAUGAGCUGCUGAGCGUGGGCGUCCCCCUGCUGCUGGCCUUCCAGGACGUCUUGCUGCAGAUGUUUAAUGAGGCCGCGCCGCUGCUGUCCGUCUCACUGCAACACUUGAUACUAUGGCUGGACCAGCAGGUUGGCCAUGGACUCAUCUAGACACUCAUCAGGGUUAGCCCCCCCCCCUUAUCUGUAACCACAGGACUUUACUCACACUGUGUGUGUGCGUGUGUGUCUGUGUGUGUGUGUUACAGGUGUAAGAAAAUACCAAUACAUUUGGGUAUUGUGAUGUUAUCUUUCACAAUAUUGUAUCGAUAUUCAGAAACACUGCAUUGAUUCUUCAGAUGACACAGGGACGUGUCAGCAUCUCUACUUCGGUGUAGUUUCAUCUCUGACCACUAGGUGGCAGGUGCAGUGUUGUGACAGGACUGAACCACAGCAGCAGGGUCAGUGUCACACUUGUUAUGACUCUGAUCUGCUGCAGAUUGAUGUGUUCUUUAAGACAUUUUUCUAACAUUUUGACAAAGUAUUGCAGUAUAUCGUAGUGUUUGGUAGUAUCAUAAUAUGUCAUUAUAUACUGAACAGUGGGCAGCAGGGUGGCGCAGUGGUUAGUGCGGUUGCCUCACAGCAAGAAGGUCCUGGGUCUGAGUCCCGGGGUAGUCAAACCUUGGUGAUCGUCCCGGGUCGUCCUCUGUGUGGAGUUUGCAUAUUCUGCCCGUGUCUGUGUGGGUUUCCUUCGGGGGCGCCGGUUUCCUCCCACCGUCCAAAGACGUGGAGGUCAGGUGAAUCACCGUACUAAAUUGCCCCUAGGUGUGAUUGUGAAUGGUUGUGUGUGUGUGUGUGUGUGUGUGAGGGUGUCUCCUCACCUGCUGUCCAGUGACUGCUGGGAUAGGCUCCAGCAUCCCCGCGACCCUGAGAGCAGGAUAAGCGGUUCGGAUGAUGGAUGGAUGGAUACUGAAUAGUGACACUUGUGUACUGAAAUUAUUUGUAUUGCCGAAUUCUUGAGAAAAAUACACCACUCAGCCAGUUUCAGACUUAGCUGAGGUGCCGCAGCCAAAACAAUCAAUCAGACGGAUUGAAGAGAAACCAGCAUCUGCACACUCAGAUCUGUGCAAGAAUAGUUUUCAAUUUGCAAACUUUUGGUCAGAGACCUUCAAGGCACGCGCCGGACUCUUGCCAACAGCCCCAGUGUGCGUGAAUGUGUGUGUGUAUAUGCCUGUGUGUGACUGACUGUGCAGAAUGCACCUCGGCAUCCAUCAGCCAAAGAAGCAGACACUGAACGCUACCAGCUGACUGCAGUUUCAGCAGUGUUCAUCUUGGGGUCAAUAAGUUGACGUUACUGUUGCAAUAUUGAUUUUAAAGUCAAAUUUGAUAAUGUAAUUGUGCCUUAAAUUUAAUUACGCUUUAAAUAUAAAAAACGAAGACAUUUUGUUGAAUAGAUGAAAUACACAUCAGCACAAAGCCUCGUGAGGUCUCCCAGGCAUUUUUACUGUGGAAGUGUGGACUUUACAUGGUUAACUCAGGUCAGGACGGACUUCUCUCAUCAUCUGAAGUGAUGAAGAUGAUGAUGAGUCUCACUUUAAGUCUGCUGUCUUGUUCAUGGCGAUCUGAGGUGGACGGUGGUGUCCAGGGUUUGGGGCGUUACGCGCUUGCGUCCUCUCGCAUCCUGCUCAGUUUUCCUGGGGUUUUUUUUUUUACAGUCAUGUGUUUUUUAGUCAUGUGUUUUUGUUUUUUUACAGUCAUGUGUUCUGAUAUUUAUCAGAGCUGAUGGCGAAUGUUUACUGACACUAUCAUGAUGUCUUUUGUACCAAGUCAGAUCCCUUUGUGUUGUCUUUAACACAGACAGAAUGUGGCUGAGUGAGGAGCUGCAGAGCCACAUUCACUGCGUGUUACUGCCCUCUGCUGGGCAAACGCUGCAGUGUUUACAAGCCGAACAGCUGCUCUGCUGUUUAUGGGCAAAUCACUUGUGGUGCACAAACCUCUCUUGACAAAUUCUUUUGUAAUUUCUUGAAAAAUCAAAUUAACCUAUUACAGCUGUUUGUUUACUGAUGUGAUGUUGUGUGAGUGAAUACUCCUUCCCUUCCUCUUCAACCACGGACCUCCUCCACCUCCUCCCUGUGCAGAUUAUCUUUAUCAGAUGAAGCACUUUACAACUGGUCAGUUUAUUUUAUACCCCAAUCUGUGCAAUUUUCUUCAUGCAUCAAAAUUAAUAUAUGCAGAAUUAUUAAAUUUGUAAAUUGACAUUGAAUGACGAAGGAGUUUAGUAUUUAUGACGAUGUUCUGGGUGUGCAGCAUAUGUUGUGGUUUGUGAUGAGGUAUUUAAUGUACUAGAUUUGAACACUUACACGGCCUGAGGCAUUAGAUAUUCUGAUGCCCGCUGCCGCCCCGGCUUUCAGCGGGAGCACAACAUUCUCAUUAUCCUCAAGACGGGCUUCACAUAGGCGGCCUGGACCUGUGGCGUACGCUGUAUGAUAAAACCUGCCUGUAUAACGAGAGAACGGUCAUCCACGGUUUACCUGCUUUCACUUGAAUGUUUUGUUCCAUGUUCAGUGUAUCUGUGUUUUCUACUGGUUUAUGGCUUUGUUAAAUCUGUCGUAGGUAAUUUCCUCUCUCGUCGUCUCUUUCCCUUGUUCCCCCCAAGCCUUUAAUGACGUUUGUGUUGGUGAGCCACGUGGAUGGUUGGGAGAAAUGACAGAUUAAAGGUAAUCCCGUGCACGCUCGCUGCACGGUGUGGGCGUUGUUGUGGACACUCACACGGAUUUCUUUACUAUAACUGACCUGUAACGUCUACCAGCGAGUGACGGCUGCACGACUGAUGCCAGCACGCUAACAUGUCAGGGCAUGACGAUGCAACAACAAAACACUGUCAUGUAAUCCACAGUCAGCUAACCGAAGGGAAAAUGGGUUUCCAGCAUGCCUGAUAAAUUGCUUAAAAUGUUUGGCAUGGAUCUUCAGCGAUGGAAGUUUCAAGGAGUUGAACUCUGCAGGAGGUGGUCAGGAGCAGAAACCAACACAGUGAAUCCAAAGUUUCACACCUCAAAGGUUAAACUAGUUUCUGUUGCGUGACAGGUGAUACAACUACUAUUCAUGCAUCUUGGCACAUGAAGAUGGUGUGUGUGUGUGUGAGAGAUACAGUGGCUUGCAAAAGUAUUCAUACCCCUUGAACUUUUCCACAU